AUGCGAUUUCUGGGAGCCACUCUCCCUUCGUGGAUCUCUACUCAACUGGCGCCAGCACGAGGACUCAAAGUGAUUCCUCGCCAUCACCAGGGUUAUCACCCCGAUUUUGAGAUACAAUGCGGAAGCUUAUCGUCUCCGUCCAGCUGUAAGAAGUCGAAGCGUGACGCCAGCUUGUACAUCGCUUCUUGGGACCGUGAGCGCUACGUGCGCCAGAUCCAUGGUCUCACCGGGGAAUGUCUCCAAUUAUCCAACGAACAUGGUAUCGGAUGUACAGUGGUCUCCUUGACUGUCCCCGGGAUUCAGGGCAUUGCGGACAAGACCGAGGCGGAGGAGACAGCGACUGUGACGAACAACUGGAUCGCAGAGCAAAUCAAGGAGCACCGAGACCGCUUGGGAGCUUUUUCCCGCCUGUCAAUGCAUAAUGUUCAGGCUGGCCAGGAGCUUCGCCGCUGCGUCAAGGAUCUCGGCUUCCACGGCGUUUUGCUGUGUGAUUUCCAACAUGCCGGGCCGAAUGGCGAAACAUACCUCUUCUACGACCAACCUCACAAUGGUGUGUUUGGCCGAUUUCCCACAGCGAAGGUUAUCAUUGGUCAUCUGAGAGAACACAUUCCGUUUGACUUUUGCCGUAUAAACCACUGGUUACAGGAUGUCGACAAGCCCAUUGCUGAAGACAAGGGCAAAUUCGUGUGCAAGAAGACCGUUUAUGAUUAUUUUAAACAGGAUAUCUGCAUCACCACCGGCGGACACUUCUCCACGGCGACACUCAAGUAUGUGGUGGACGAAAUAGGCGCCGACCGCGUCCUCUUCAGCAUCGACUACCCAUAUGAGACGAUUGAAAAUGGCUGUGGCUGGUGGGAUAAUGGUGCGAAGGCCCUUCAGGAGGCAGUGGGAGGUAUUGAUUUGUAUCAUUGCAUCAGUCAAGGCAAUGCGAAGAAACUGCUGAAGUUGGGUGACUUUCACGAUUCCGAAGCGCCUGUCAACUGA